GCAAAAUUACCCUAAACACCGUCUGAUUUAGACAUGUGUUUACGGGUCCAAGGAAGUUCAAAACCUAUUUAGGUGAAGGAUGGGGGGAGUUUGUAUCCUCAAACAGUAUAUAAAUGGAAGACUGUAUCCAGUUAUUGCUAGAGAACGACGAUUUAAUGCUUUAUCGGGUUAGGAUUUGGCGUGCGGAUAAAGAAAUUACAAUAAUGGACCCCCGUGUACUCAUAGAGAAUGAUGGUUCAAUAAGUGACGUGGACUCGAUGGAGUAUGUGCCAACAGAGAUUUUAUUUAAAAUACCCACAUUCGAAUUCACAUUCUCCAAGGGUUACUUUGACAAACCUGGAAUCAACAUUCCAGUAGCUUUCGCCCUUGCACAUUUCCAUGGUCUUAAAGAUGGAACUCCAGUUGAAAUGUAUGUCACUAAGUGGUGGAAAGGAGUAAUGCGCAUCAAGUUUGACACAAACAACAAGAUUUUAAACUGCACGGUAAAAAAAGGAGUACAAGAAAUGAUGGCGGGUGAAGGGGUUGAACUCGGUGGAAGGAUUUCGGUUAACUUGGAAGGUAUGGAACCCCCAGUUUUAAACAUUACAUUCACUUGAUGUUUUCAAGUAAACAAGAUGGUUUAUUUCUGUUAUAUUUGGAUAUAACUUAAUCUAUUAUCUAGUUCAUCCCUCAAUGGAUCAUGGUGCAUAUUAGGACAUGGUCCUUUGCAGUUGUCAUAUGUGUCAUUUGGUUACCUAAAUGAAAACUAUUCUACCGCUUGGUUGGAACCUGUUCUUGGUGCAGAAGAAGAAACUGAUCCAUGCAUUUUGUAUUUGACAUAUUUAUGGUCGUUCGUGUGUACUAAAUUUUAAGACAUGACCCUUUUCUAUAAUAGGUUUGUUUGCAUUUUAUGCUUUUUCAUGACGGUUCCUUUUAUAACACUUGUUUGAGUAGUGUAAAUUAUAAUAAUUGAUGGUUAAGAAAACCAAGAAUAUUUUGAUCCCCUUAAAAAUUGAUUGGCCAAUAUAUCCUUUAGGGUUAUCUAAU